AUUGGCUGGCUUUGUUUUCUGGCACCCCACAGCUGCCCACUUGGACGAAGGCCACUGGACAUCCUGUUUUCCGGGGGCCCUGUGCUUCCCUCUGUGGUCUUCUGCUCUUUCUCCCUCUCUGGCCACACGCAGCUGCUGCACAAGGGUGAAGGUCAUUAAGAGGGCAACAUCAACCCAACAGCAAGAUGGAGGCCUCUAAAGAAAAGAUUGUCUUGAAUGUCGGAGGCCGCAGAUAUGAAACUUACUCCAGCACCCUCAAAACCUUCCCAGGGACCAAGCUGUGCCAGCUGACAGAGCCCCAGGCCCAGGCUGUAUCUGACUAUGACCCUAACGCCAAUGAGUUUUUCUUUGAUAGAAGCGCAAAACUGUUUGGCGAUGUGCUCAAUUACUACAGGACCAGACACCUCCACUGUCCUGCAGGUGUCUGUAGGGCCCUCUGGGAGGAGGAGCUGGCCUUCUGGGGAAUCCCUGAGGCACAGCUGGCCCCCUGCUGCUGGGUGAAGCUGAGCCACACAGAAGGCCUGCAGGAGGACUUGGACCUCAGGGGCAACAAGGACGAUACCAAUGAAGACAGCCUGACUCUCCUGGGCCAGGGAGAAAGGAGGGAUUACCACUGGUGGGCUCGGUGGCAGCCCAAAAUGUGGGCUCUCUUUGAAAAGCCCUAUUCCUCUGCAGGGGCCAUGUGCUUGAUGGUAGUUUCCCUCCUGUUCAAUCUUGGCAUCCUCAUCCUCUUUUUUAUGGAACCAACAACAUACAUUGAAUUUGACCAUUAUAACACCACCAGAGAUUACAACAUCUUCCACGUUGCUCUGAAGCCCUCUCUCCAAAAGGCUAUCAGCUUGCUAUAUGUAGAGCUUUUCUGCAUCCUCUGGUUCACAUUUGAGUUUUUUAUGCGACUCACAUUCUGCCCAGAUAAAAAGAAAUUCCUCACAAACCUUCUGAAUGUGACCGAUUUCCUUUCCCUGUUCCCGGUUUACACUGAGCUCUUCUUAGCCACCCAUAUCAAUGAAAUGCUGGACAUCUUAUCCUGGCUGGGUUUCUUCCGUGUGCUCUACAUAGUCAAACUCUUGAAGAUCUUCAAACUCCUGGAGACCCCCCUGAUGUUGAGAGUGCUGCCCUUCACAUUCCGGUCCAUCUUGAAAGAGGUCUUCAUCCUCAUGAUGAUUUUUACCUUUGAGAUCCUUUUCUUCGGUGCCCUCUGUUAUCAUGCGGAACUCCAUAGACCAGAGACAUUCUUUGAUGGAAUGAUCUCUUCCUUUUAUUGGGCAGCGAUUACGCUGACCACUGUUGGCUAUGGAGAUACGUAUGCCAUCUCUCCAUUUGGCAGAGUAAUUGCAUGCUGUGCAGCAAUUUGUGGCAUAUUGACCAUCAUCUUUCCCCUCCCAAUCUUUUUGAUCAAGUUCCAGGGUUAUUAUGCCACUGCUGUAAUGAAGGAGAAGAUGAAAAGCAACAAGAGGAACCAUUAAGAGAGCAGCAAAGCAACAUCUUUCCUGCUUUUUAUAGGACGAGGAAAACCCUUCUGAAGUGCUUAUGCUACCACAGCACAGAAGCUUUAGCUUAGCUGAUGCAAGUUGUAUUGUACCACCUUAAGAGGUAGUGCCGCUGCACCUUUUUCUCCUAACAACAGAUGAACAUAAUGAAAGUGAAGCAGAAACGGAGAGACGGGGCAUUCUGGGGCCUCUUGGAGUGUGAGUCACUAGGCAAACCGAAGGAGUUGUGUCCGUCAGAACCAGCGUUUCUUGGGCAAAAGGACUAUUAAUGUUGGGCAAAAGGUGAUAAGGUUAUAUUCCCCUUUAUCAGCACAUGCAGUUUUGCUUUAACUAGCUAGGUUUAUUACUUUGGAGAGCAAGACAUACUUUCCCAGGCCAAUGUAAGCAGGUUGGUUGUAUCUUCCAUGGCUGAAGAAGACCCACAGCAAAAACCUGUCAUCUCUCAGCUCUCCGAAGCUGUCUCUGGCCCCCUGCCAGCAGAUGCAGCCUGGAAGCCGAGGAGCAGAGCUUUGGCUGACUCCGUACUGGAAAGCCGGCGGGGGGAGACUUGGCUCUCUACUGCAAGAGCCUUGAAGGAAUACGGAUACAAUGGCAGAAGAUUAUUUAUGAGGGAGGGGGGUAAGCUGCAUACUUCUAGGAGCUACUUAAUUUUUUUCUAAAGCUUUGGAAAUUGUAGCUUUGUGAGUGGGACCAGUCACAAAAUGGCAGCGUAUACAAAAAUAAUAGCUGUCAGAGCUAGAUGAUUUUAAAGGAUUGUUAGGAAUUCAUAUGAUUGUUACACUGAAGCAACAAAAAAAAAUACGGCCAGAUUGCAGCUCAUAGCUUUAUCCACGAACAACACUGUAAUCGGGGUCUAGCAUUUCACGAUGUGCUGCGUUAGGGUUUCUUAUUGUGUGCUCUGCGGACAUGGGUGGAACUGACAGCACAUUUUGGAGACGUGCAUGUAAAAAUCCUCACAUCCAUCGUUUUGCACCAAAGCAGCAGUAGGGAUCAUUGCAUCUGCGAUUCUUAGUAUGUGGUCUGUGGACAUUGAGUUGAUCUGUGGCUUGAUGGAGGAUGGAGAGACAUUCUGUAAAAAGACAGGAUCCAUGAAGAUCUGUGCAGAUACAACUUUUUCUAUUUAAAAAAUUGCAAAAGGUUGAGUGUGGGGAAUACUUAAUGCCCCUUCCCUAAGAGUAAAGGUUCUCCUGUCAUGGCCUCCUUUCCAAGACCGAUAAAGAGGAGAAAAGCUGCUUGGGUCACUUUAAAGGGAAGGAUAAAAAAGUGGCCACAGCAGCAACCUGGACUUGCCUGGUGAAUGGGUGGCUGGGCACUCACGUCCUGCCCAUCCCUGUUUUAUGAUACAGGCUGGUCUUAUCCUAGUCAAAGCAUUUUCUGCUUAAACAUGCCAUUUUGCACCUUAAUACUGAAUGUAUGUAACAGAAUAUAAAUUCUGUAAUUUAACAUUGCUGUUAUUGACAAGUGAUAGAGUCAGCCAGUUAGCCUUUAUUAUAGCACUCACAAGCCAUACUGAAGCAGAAAACACACUGUUAUUGUACUGAUUUCCUAAAAUGAUACCUCUAUAGGCAUCAUCAUCAACUUAGUACGUCUAACAAUUUAAGGGUUAGAAUCUGAGUAAAUUAUACACAGGACAUUAUCUCAGCCUGUAUUUUCAGGCAAUGGAAACUUGGGUACAUAGACAGUCAUUCUUUGGUCAACUCACACCAAUAAAAUUUUGAGUCUUCUGCUCAGAAAAUAGUUUUAUAUCAGCCAACACAGGUUCCAGUAAAUUCAGGCAUGCUUGGACAUAAAAUCUGCAGUGAAAUAACACGCGAGCCAGUAAUUGAAUCAAGUCAUCAGAACAAGGGGGGGGGGGGGAAUCUACAAAUUGAUGGAAUGUUAUUUAUGUUGCUGCCAUCAAUGCAGAGGGUGGCAUGUUAACAGAGCAAUCCCAAGCAAGGUUACACCAGUCUAAGCCCACUGAAAGAGCCCAUUGAAAGAGUAAGGAUGGCACUGUAAAUCUAGCAAGUGUAAAAGCACGGCAGUAUCUUGGAACAGUUAAUAUUGAUCAGGGCUUUUUUUCUGGGAAAAGAGCUGGCGGAACUCAGUGGGUUGCCCUUGGAGAAAAUGGUCACAUGGCCGAUGGCCCUGGCCCCUGAUCUCCAGACAGAGGGGAGUUUAGAUGGCCCUCUGCGCUGCUGAAGCGGCACGGAGAGCAAUCUAAACUCCAUUCUGUCUGGAGAUCAGGUGGCGGGGCCACUAGCCAUGUGAUCAUUUUCGCCAAGGGUGAUUUAAACUUUUAAAAACUCCCCCCUUGUUCCAGCUGACCCAAAGUGACAUCAUUGGUCCUGGGAACAUGCACCCACUUUGUGCGCGCACAUGUGGUACCAGGGGCACCACCUCCUGCCAAGAGUUGCCCCCUGUGCUGGCAACCCACUGAGUUCCACCACCUCUUUUCUCACAAAAAAAGCCCUGCUCAUGGAAAAAUCUCUGCAUAUAGGAAAAUAGAAGAGGGGAAAAGAUUUGUGCAGGAGAAGUUUAUUGAAAACUGGCAGCCCUUUAUUUUGACUAUUGGAAUAAACAUAAAGCUAACAAGCAUGUAUGAAAAAGGAAAUCUUGAAGUAUAUCUGAAGUAGUUAAUGGUCAAACGGAUGAUCUUCUGGACAUGCAGGAGACAACACUAAUAUUCCUGCUGCUAUGAGUAAAGAUUUUAUUAAAGGCCACAUUAUUAAGACAUCUUCUGAUGGAGAAGAAGGCGAAUUAGAUUCCACUUUCAUCAACAGUUACAGAUUAGGAAAUUCCCUGCAAAUUAGAGUCCCCGAUGAAUAUUUUUCAACCCUUGAGUGAACUCGAGCGGCUGCCAGCCUCAGAAUUACGGGUGCUGAAGGCUUCCACACAUUCCUCGUGUCGUGCCGUGCUGCUGACACUGGGGACGUUCUGGGAUUGCUCCACCACUUGAGAACAAUGAUGUUUGCCUACUGGAGAGGGAGGAUGGGGAGUUUUAUGUAAUGAAA